CCUUGUAGUCUCAUACUCUUCCCGUUUUCAGAUUUCUAAUCUUAUAGCCUUGGAAGAUGUCUACAGUUGCCGCGCGCUGGUAUAUGAAAGUGUUAAGUCGUGGCUAAUUAACCGCACGGAGACACAAACACGUCUUCAUCGCGACCACCUUGUUACCAAUACCGAGACAUUUUGGGGCGCGCCUCUGUGGAAUGUAAAGGAGAGACAAAAAAAGGACAAAACCCUCACAUCUUUAGAUUUACGUGGCUUUACUGUUCCGGGUUUGUUACAUUCUUGUCGCCACAGCAGAUAAAAUGAGCGGCCGACCUCGGGGCGGACGUGGUCUGAGCAGCCGUGAAGGCAAGGAAGCAGAUCUUGAAAAUGAUUUCCUGAGUCGAGUCAUUGAGGGUCUGCGGAAAGCACAAGGGUAUAACGAUCAGUCCAAACGAAUAGGACAGGAUAUCAUGACUCUGGAAGAAGACAUCAAGACAGCUGGACAUUCUACCCCUGAUAACCACCGAAGACUCGAUGCUCUGUACCGAGAAAUGCUCAAGUGCGCAGAGAACGAAAAAAAGGUACAUGAUGACGAGGACAUUAUUAACAAUCUUGCUAUCCUUGCGACUAUGAAAUCUGCGGAUGAGCCUGCCCCAAGAAACGGAGGGGGCAAAUCUCGCAAACAUCAAAGACCAGUCGUUGAGUCCGACAUCGUGGUUGAAUCGCCUGGCCCCAGCCCUGGAGAUGGACGUUUGGAGAUGAUGAAACGCGUCAAGGGAGCCUCACAGCGAAGUUCAAGCACGGCCAGCCAAAACCGAGCGGCAGCUGCUACAAAGGAUGAAGGAGCCGAGGUCCAUAAAGGAGUUCAAGCAGAGCGAACUGGUCAACUUGUUGCUGGAACUGAAGUAUUUUAUAAAUACCCCAAGGAUCAGCAAGAACAAGAAGAAGGUGUUGGUAUUCAUGGCAUCAUCAAGAAGGUGUGGCAGGAUAAGAAACCUGUUCAAUACGACGUUAGAGAUCCAGAAGACGACCUUUCUGGCAAACAGGCGGUUCGAAAAGCAACAGCCCGGGAUCUUGUACCCAUUCCACAAACCACGCCAACCAACGCCCAAUUCUCAACUGGCGCCAACGUCUACGCAAAAUAUCCCGACACCGAUACGUUCUAUCGAGCAAAGGUCAAGAGUUUUCAAAAGACCAUGUACAGUCUGAAAUUCGACGAGGAUGAUAAGGAGAUGCUUGUCGAUGUACGAUUUGUUUUGGACCCAAGGAUGAGAUGAUUUUGACGAUGACGAUUUGAUACUGCGAAGGGCUUGAUCCCCAGUUAGGGCCCAGAUGAUUAUGAGUACAAUAUUAUUUUCA